AUGCCUCCUCGAAUAGGACCACGUGGCACUGAAAAUAAAGAUUUCCUGACAAGAGUAACCGGUCAAAAAUGGUCCAGAAACCAUUAUUUUGUGUUUUUCCAUACCUUCUUCAGUUUUGCCAUGAUUCAUGCCACUCGGAAAACGCUUGCCACAGUUAAACCCUCAAUCAUCCAUACCUGGACAUCGAAUUCUACCGGGCCACCAUUCAUGGAGUCUGAAGAACACGCUACGAGGUUUUUGGGACUUUUGGAUACUAGUUUUAUGAUAACUUAUGCAAUGGGAUUAUUCAUCAGUGGAACACUAGGAGAUCAUUUCAAUCCGAGGAAGAUGCUGAGCAUUGGAAUGGCCUGUUCUGCGUUUUCGGUUUUUUGCUUUGGAUUUCUGACAGAAACUUAUCACAUCUACUCUGCUCCAUUAUAUGUGUUUCUUUGGGUUCUAAAUGGAUUCUCUCAAUCUGUCGGAUGGCCAAUUGAAGUGGCAAUAAUGGGAAAUUGGUUUGGAAAGAAUGCGAGAGGAACAGUGAUGGGUGUAUGGUCAGCAUGUGGAAGUGUUGGAAAUAUUAUUGGAACUUUGAUAGCAAGUCAUGUAUUGGUAUUUGGGUAUCAGUAUCCCUUCCUCAUAAUCUGCUCUCUAUUGUUCAGUUACAGUAUCAUUGCAUACUUUCAAUUACCAUCAGCACCAUGGGAUCUGGAUUCUGGGUCUCAUCAUGAAUCAGAUUCAAAAGAGAAACUGGAACUCAAUCGACCUCCUCCAUUGGGAUUUUUCCGCACUUGGCUGAUCCCUGGAGUUAUUUCGUUUUCUCUUGCUUUCGCUUGUUUAAAGUUUGUCAACGAUGGAUUUUUCUUCUGGCUACCGUACUACUUACAUGACGGGCUGAACUGGCCGGAAACCUUUGCUGACGCCCUAUCCACGUGGUACGAUGUCGGUGGGAUCAUCGCCUCAAUAGUUGCUGGAGCAGCUUCGGAUAGAAUGAAAUCUAGGACUUCUUUGAUUUUCUACAUGCUUCUCGCAUCGUUUGUAUCACUUUAUGUUUAUUCUCGUUCGCCUGCUUCAUACACGUGGAACGCUUUCCUUCUUCUACUAGCUGGAUUUUUCGUUGGGGGUCCAUUGAACAUGAUUUCGAGUUCUGUUGUAGCAGAUUUGGGAAAAAGCGACAAGUUGAAAGGGAACUCAGAAGCACUGGCUACAGUAACCGGUAUAAUCGAUGGUACUGGAAGUUGUGGAUCUGCAGUGGGACAGUUUAUGAUUCCAAAUAUUCAACAUUGGUAUGGAUGGAAUGCAGUUUUCUAUGGAUUUAUGGCCAUGGUAAGUUAUAUUGAACUUCUUGAAAUGUACAAGUUUUCAUUUCAGAUGGCAUGCACUACAUUAUGCAUUGCGCCAGUUCUUAGAAAAGAACGUCGAAAACAACAGAGAAUGAAAUAUCGAGAAAAUAAAGCACUCCUGAAUUCCGAUUCCGAUAGUACAGAUUCAGAAGACGGUGUGUUUUUGAGUGACAAGACGACACGGAGGAAACAUCACGGGACACCUCAAUCUACAUUCAUUUAG